CCUAACCAAACGAAAGUAAAAAGUAAAUAAGCAGAAGCUUUUCACAUUUUAAUUUCCAGAGUAAUUAUAACUUUUUUACAAUGAGUGGUGGUAUAUGUCCUAGUAAAAGUACUGUUUAUAUAUCUAAUUUACCGUAUGCUCUCAAGAACAACGAUCUCCAUCAAUUAUAUGAGAAGUAUGGUAAAAUCGUCAAAGUAACGGUGAUGAAAGAAAAGAUAAGUAGAAAAAGCAAAGGAGUAGCUUUUAUAUUAUUCUUGAAACCAGAAGAUGCAAGAGAAUGCGUGAAGUGUGUUGACGGUACUGAGAUGUCAGGUAGAACUCUCAAAGCAAGUAUAGCCAAAGAUAAUUUGAGGACCACUGAAUUUAUAAGACGAAAGGAGUAUCCAGAUAAAACAAGAUGCUACGAGUGUGGAGAAUAUGGUCAUUUGAGCUACAAAUGCAGUAAAAAUUUACUUGGUGAAAGGGAACCACCACCAAAAAAAGUUAGGAAAAGAAAGAGGAAAAACCAAAGUGAAAAGGAACAACAAUGGUCAAAUUCCAAUCUGGAUGAUGAAGAAUUUGAGGAUGAUGGUGAGACUUUGAGUGCAGCGAUAGCAUUAGAACAAGAAAAGAUUGAACUGGAAGAGUACAGAUUAAGAGUUGCAACUGGAAAUUACAAGGAUGGUGACAGUGUAGAAACGCCAAGGAAAAGGAUUAAGAAAAGUGCAUAUUUCAGUGAUGAGGAAGAAAGCAAUUGAAAUGAAAACUAAGAAAUUUUUAUUGCUUAAGUUACAGUGUUCAUGAUACUCACUUCAUGAGAGAUUAACAUUUUUCAGGUAUGAAACUUAAUAGAUAUAACAUUGUUUUAUUACUCCAGCUGUUGGCCCAAAAAAAACCAAUAUGAGAAAUUUUUAAUUUUCAUUUAAAAGCUAAUAAAGAUUAAAAACAUGACCAAA